CCGGAUCGUGCCCAGGACCGAGGCCCUGCGAGUCCUCGGAGCGCGCAGUCCCCGCCCCUGUGCCCUGCCUGUCCGCAGGUCUGCGCGUCGGUGGUGGCCAGCGCCCCGGGAGGCCUGAGAGGAGGAGCCAGCUGCGCGGAAUCCCUGCAGCACAGGACAAGGAGGGGGCAUCGCAACAUGGAAACAGCCCGCAGUGAAGAUGGAGGAACGCCUGCGAACCAGGGCGUGAUGGCAAACGAAGAACAGCCGCAGGAUGAGGGAAGGCCAGAAGUAGCUUCUACUCUGGAAGACAAGGACACGUUAGGGAACGGGGGAAAGACGGAAGAUGAGGACGGGCUGAGGGAUAAGGACAAGCCAGAGCAUGAGGGAAAGGCCCAGGGAGGAGGAGAGGCAGGGAGAGAGGGAAAAGCGGAAGAGGGAGGCAAGUCAGAGAGCUUGGGCAAGCCAGAGAGUGAAACCAGGGCUGCAGCAAAGCGCCCGCCUGAGGACGACGUACCCAGGAAAGCCAAAAGAAAAACCAACAAGGGGCUGGCUCAGUAUCUCAAGGAGUACAAAGAGUCCAUACACGAUAUGAAUUUCAGCAAUGAGGACAUGAUCAGAGAAUUUGACAAUAUGGCUAAGGUGGAGGAUGACAGGAGAAAAUGCAAACAGAAGUUGGGAGCUUUCGUGUGGAUGCAAAGAAAUUUACAGGACCCCUUCUACCCGAGGGGCCCAAGGGAAUUCAGGGGAGGCUGCAGGGCCCCGCGAAGGGACAUUGAAGACAUCCCUUACGUGUAGUAAGAUUUGCUAGGUCCAGUUCUUUAACCCUAUGCUACUACUUGGCUUUAGAUGCCCUGCCUUUUGACCCAAGUGCAGUGCUUGCUCUGUUUCAACAGGGAAUUUACCCCAUGGGCAUUGCAAAGAUGUGAUGAUUCUUGGAAAAACAAAGCAGUUUAUAAUGUCAUCUCCAGAAUUUAUCUAUUUUGGAAAAAUCGUAAGUUUAUAAAGUACAUCCAAGUAUGGGAAAAAUAGGAAGUUUUGAUCACCAAAAGGUUAACUGAUUUUCUGAAUUAUGAGCUUUUGAGUGAUUUCAUUUCUUUGUUUCUACUCAUCUGUUUAUUUUUUCCUAAUGAACGCAGUUCACAUUUCUCCUCCAAAAUAAUAAAAAAUCAGAAAAGUUCAAAAAAUGAAAA